AUGGGCUGGCUAUGGAGCUCAAGUCCUAGUGACACAGCCAAGGAUACAUCACUUAACACACCAUCACCUGCGACACCUGCGGAAGCAUCAAAGCAGACUGCACCGCCGAAGGCCUUGACCCCCAGCGAGCAAGCCGAUCUAGAAUGGAAUUCAAUCCUCGCCGAUCUCAGAGCUGAGGAGACUGCCCUGUCAAAGGGUACCCCCGGUGGUCUUACAUCCGAUGGCAAUGUCUCAAUACAAUCCGAAACACCCUCAUCACCGAUCGCUCCCGAAUCCCUCUACCAAGACCACAUGUCCUGCCGCAACGCCUUCGACUACGCCUUCUUCUGUCAGUCUUUUGGUGGACAGUUUGUGAAUGUUUACCGAUAUGGAGAAUUACGAUCCUGCAGUGAUCAUUGGGAUAAUCUAUGGCUUUGCAUGAAGACUCGCACAUGGCCCGAAAACAUGCGCAAGAAGGCCAUCCUAGACCACAACCGAAAGAAGGCUAUCAAGUACAAGACUGGCCCCAGUAGCGAGGAUGUCUGGGAUGUACGACUAGAACCGGCCCGGGACUCGUUCAAGGGAGACUUUGCCGCUUUGGAGCGGGAAAUGAAGGCCGAAGAUGAGGAGGCGGCGAGACAAAAGGCGGCUUCAUGA